AGCCGCGACUCUAUUUUCUGGGAGUGUUGGUUAAGUUAAAAUACAACGUUCUUAUAUCAAGGAACGAUUAUUUAAAGCAGAAACUGGGAUAUUAAUGUAACACAACAGGGUCGGGUGACUAAAGGAGUGUAAUCCACGAGAUCAGACUCACCAGGACUUACCUGUUAGUUUGUGGAUACUUUGCUAAUAUUUAAAGAUGAAGACUCCUGAUCUGGACACUGAUAAAGUGUCCCCACCCUCUAAAAAACGUAAACUCCAGAGAGAGAGAUCAGAAUCAGCAGCACCCAGCUGUGUCUCCAUGAAGAGUGAUGCCUCUAUGAAUCAGCCUAUUAAUUUUAAAGCUGGAGACUCCUCACCUCUACACAGUAAACUCCAGGGAGAGAGAUCAGGAUCAGCAGCACCCAGCUGUAUCUCCAUGAAGAGUGAUGCGUCUAUGCAUCAGCCUAUUACUUUUAAAGCUGGAGACUCCUCACCUCUACACAGUGAUCUACAGAAGACAGGAGACAGAACAGGAAAGAACAUCAGAGAUACAGGGCACGACCCAGAAUCUGCUGCUGUAAAUGAAUUUCAGAAAAAAUUUAAAUUAAAUCUGAUGAAGCAGUUUCAGUUCUUGAAUGGAGUGAUAAUAAACCUGGGAACCCAAACACUCCUGAAUGAGAUCUACACAGAGCUCUACAUCACAGAGGGAGACAGCGGAGACGUCAAUAAAGAACAUGAGGUGAGACAGAUUGAAGCAGCAUACAGGAGAACAACAACAGAGGAAACAUCAAUCAAAUGCAAUGACAUCUUUAAGCCCUUAUCUGAACAAGACGAACCCAUCAAAACUGUACUGACAAAGGGAGUCGCUGGCAUCGGAAAAACAGUCUCUGUGCAGAAGUUCAUUGUGGACUGGGCUGAAGGGGAAGCAAAUCAGGACAUCCACCUCAUAUUUCCACUUCCUUUCAGAGAGCUGAAUUUGAUGGAGGACCAAAAACUGAGUCUGAUGGAGCUCCUUCAUGUCUUUUUUAAGGAAAUAAAAGAAACCGAAAUGUUCAAUUGGGAAAAGGUUCUGUUCAUUUUUGAUGGAUUGGACGAGUGUCGUAUUCCUCUAGAUUUCCAGAACACAGUGAGAGUGUGUGAUGUAACUGAAUCAGCAUCAGUGCCUGUGCUGCUGAUAAACCUGAUCAAAGGGAAUCUGCUUCCCUCUGCUCUCAUCUGGAUCACCUCCCGACCUGCAGCAGCUGAUCAAAUCCCCUCUGAGUGUGUCCAUCGAGUCACAGAGAUACGAGGGUUCAAUGACCCACAGAAGGAGGAGUACUUCAGGAAGAGGAUCAGUAAUCAAAGCCUGGCCAAUAACAUCAUCACACACCUGAAGUCAUUAAGAAGCCUCAACAUCAUGUGUCACAUCCCAGUCUUCUGCUGGAUUUCAGCCGCUGUUCUAGAGAGAAUGUUGGGUGAAGCAGAGAGUGGAGAGAUCCCCAAGACUCUGACUCAAAUGUACACACACUUCCUCAUCAUUCAGAUAAACAUCAUAAGAGAAAAGUAUUUAAAGAAGCAGGAGAGUGAUAAAGAAAUGCUUCUUAAACUGGGACAACUGGCUUUUGAGCAACUGGAGAAAGGGAACCUGAUCUUCUAUGAUAAAGACCUGAGAGAGUGUGGCAUUGAUGUGAGAGAAGCAGCAGUGUACUCAGGUGUGUGUACGCAGAUCUUCAGAGAGGAGUUUGGGUUUCACCAGAGUAAAGUGUACUGCUUUGUUCAUCUGAGCAUUCAGGAACACCUCGCAGCUCUGUAUGUGCACCUGAUGUUCAGGAUAGACAAUAAAAAUGUCCUUAAAAAGAGUCAAGCUUCAAAAUUACAAAUUACAGUUUUAGAUUUCCACAAGUGUGCUGUAGAUGAAGCUUUAAAAAGUCAGACUGGACAUAUGGAUGUUUUCCUUCGCUUUCUUCUGGGUCUCUCACUGGAGUCCAAUCAGAAACUCUUACAGGUCUUAGUAACACAGACAGGAAGUAGCUCCCAGAGGAAACAGGAAACAGUUCAGUACAUUAAGCAGAAGAUCAGUUGGGAGCGUUCUACAGAGAAAUCCAUCAAUCUGGUCCACUGUCUGAAUGAACUGGGUGAUAAUUCUCUAGAGGAGGAAAUCCAACACUACCUGAAAUCUGGAAAACAAAAGAAACUCUCUUCAUCACAGUUGUCUGCUCUGGUGUUUGUGUUACUGACAUCAGCACAGGAGCUGGAGGAAUUUGACCUGAAUAAGUAUAUCAGUCCAGAUAAGUUAACAGACGAUGUUCUUCCGAAGCUGAUGGCUGUGAUUGCGGCAUCCAGGAAAGCAACUAUCAGGUGUGAUAAAGUUGGAAUGAAAAGUUGGUCAGCUCUGGUCUCAGCACUCAACUCAGAAACCUCCAAUCUGAGAGAACUGCAUCUGACUGUGAAAACCCUGGAUCUGUCUGACAGUACACUGGGAGACUCAGGAGUAAAGACUCUCUCUGCUGUACUGGAGAAUCCUCACAGUAAAGUGGAAAGUCUGAGGUUGAGUGAUUGUGGUGUCUCAGAUGAAGGCUGUGCUGCUCUGACUUCAGCUCUGAGAUCAAACCCCUCACACCUGAGAGAACUGGAUCUGUCUAAUAAUAAUGUAGGAGACUCAGGAGUGAAGUGUGUCUGUGCUGUACUGGAGAAUCCUCACUGUAAACUGGAGAAAAUGUCGUUGCCUAGGUGUGGUGUCUCAGGUGAAGGCUGUGCUGCUCUGACUUCAGCUCUGAGAUCAAACCCCUCACACCUGAGAGAACUGAAUCUGGCUGAAAAUAAUUUAGGAGACUCAGGAGUGAAGUGUCUCUGUGCUGUACUGGAGAAUCCUCACUGUAAACUGGAGAUACUGGCUUUGCCUACUUGUGGUGUCUCAGAUGAAGGCUGUGCUGCUCUGACUUCAGCUCUGAGAUCAAACCCCUCACACCUGAGAAACCUGGAUCUGGCUGAUAAUAAAGUAGGAGACUCAGCAGUGAAGUAUCUCUGUGCUGUACUGGAGAAUCCUCACUGUAAACUGGAGACACUGAGGUUGCGAGGUUGUGGUGUCUCAGAUGAAGGCUGUGCUGCUCUGACUUCAGCUCUGAGAUCAAACCCCUCACAGCUGAGACAACUGAAUCUAACUUGUAAUAAUGUAGGAGACUCAGGAGUAAAGGGUCUCUCUGCUGUACUGGAGAAUCCUGACUGUAAACUGGAGACACUGUGGAUGGUGGAUUGUGGUGUUUCAGAUGAAGGCUGUGCUGCUCUGACUUCAGCUCUGAGAUCAAACCCCUCACACCUGAGAGUACUGGAUCUGUCCUGGAAUAAAGUAGGAGACUCAGGAGUGAAGUAUCUCUGUGCUGUACUGGAGAAUCCUCACUGUAAACUGGAGACACUGAGGUAAGAUCAUCUCUCUGAGAGUCACAUGACCUGCUCCUCAGUAAGACACAUUCUCUAAUAGUGAGACUGAAGCAGAAGUUUUAGGUUGAUCAUCAAUGUCCUGAGGAGGAAGAUUGUUUCUUUUCACUGCACACUGAUGAUUUGUCACAGAG